AAAGAACCAAAUUAAAUGUCCGUGACGCUGACGCCACCUUGAUAAUACUUUUAAAUUCCACCACCUCUCAUGGAAAAGGUACAGAUUUUACCAUGGAAAAGGCCAAAGAACUUCAUAAACCAUUAAAAAUUAUCUAUCUUGACAAUGACUUGAAAAAAAGUGUUGAAAACGUUGUCGAUUGGAUAUUUAGAAACCGGUUUGAUUCACUAAACGUGGCUGGUCCCAGAGAAAGCCACUAUUUCAAUGUCCACAUUCAUGAUUUAACACGUGAAUUUAUCACUAAGUUAUUAGUAAAAAUAGAAUCAAAAGUUCAACAAGAACAAAGACUCCGAGCCAAUUUACAAGUCUCUUCCAA